AUGGUCAACUUUAAUGACAAGCUCAACGAAAAGUACGCCUCGAGAAAAGAGGAAUUCCAGAAAAUCGUACAAGGUGUUCGUGAUAAAAUGAAAGAAGAUCGGGAGGCUUUUAAGAUGGAAAUCGAUAAAUUAAAGAAAGAAGAAAUUGAAAAUGCAAGGAAUGAGGUGGCGAAGUUCAAGGUGCUCGAUGAAAAUCUGGAUGAGUGA